GUUGCUAGGGAGCGGCGCCGUCGGGCGGGCGGCCGAGUUGACGGUGAAUUAUCGGCGGCGGGGCCGGCGGAUGGAGUGAGAGUCCGGGGCGAUGAGCGGCGGUGGGGCUGGCUGGGCGGGAGCUGGAGCUGGAGGCGCAGGGCGGCCCCCGGCUGGACGGGGAGGAGCUCGGAGCCAGGCCCACCCCGGGCCCGGCUGCUUCCUGCUGUCGGCUGCGCGCCGCCCGCCCGCUGUCCCCAGUCGGCGGAGGGAGCCGGUUCAGUGAAGAUAUUUGUUCUCUGUCCUCCAGUUGCACAGCUUCCACUGAGUUUGCUUGCGUUGUGAAUAAAAUGGCAGUUCAUGGCCUCUCCCAAGAGUGAGGAGUGUUCUGCAGACGUCAGUUCCAAAAACAAGACUUCUUUGAGCUCUAACACAAAAGCCUUCAGUACUGUACAAGCACAGGAGUGCAGGCCAUCUUAUUCUGUUGCCCAGCACCCACUAUGGGAAUGGGAUGGCUACAAUGUGAUUGUACCUGUAAGGAAACAAAAUACUUGCUUUGGAAUAUCUCAUCAUGUUGCUUCUCACCUCUAUCCUUCUCUGGCAGGAGGUAAUAGCAGGCUAAUAAUGCCAAGUUCCUGCAAUGGUUUUCAUUCAAAUGUAUUGGUCAGCCCUUUUGAAACCUCAUCAAUUCAUGAUCGAACUAGUCAUGGCUACAGAUCCUACCAGAGACUUGAGUCCCUUGGUUCACGGCUUAGUGGGCUAGGAAAUAGAACCACGGCAACUUCAUCGUAUGUUAAUGGAUUUAUCCAUUCAAUCCCUUCCAGAGCAAUCUCGUGCGACAGCCUGAUGAAAUCCAAUAGUGCUAUUUCCCCGAUUUCACAGCACUAUAAUUCUCAUAGUGCAGGUUGCGAGCCUGUCUCCAUGGGCAAAAAUAACCCUAAUCAUGCAAGUAAAUCUACUUCACUGCAUCGCAAGCCAUUGCUAAACACUAAUGCAUUCAUGAGACCUACCAGUGCCAAAGUGCCUUUGCACCAGAAAUGGGAAAAGAGCCCCAAAACUGCUACUUCAAAUGGCACCAAUGAGUUUGGAGACACUGAAAACCCAGUGAAGUACAAUGGGGGCAGUACCAAGGUCAUCUCUGGAAGUCCUGUUCACAGUAACACAGAGGGUAAAAUUGAUAGACCUUUUUACCAGAAUGAACAUUCCUACGGUAACUUGAAGAGUGCUAUUAAACUAACAAAGAACAUUCCUGGUGAUCCAGAAAUAAAAUUUACUGAAGCUGUAAAAAGAUUAUCAGAAGACCGCAUUCCGAAGAAUAAUGUCCAUGAGCGAUGUGUGACUUUUUCAAAAGAAACUGAAGACUUGUCUUCCCAAGGUAUUCACAUUCAGAAUGUUACGUACAACAGUGCUGGAGGAAUAUUUAAAAGGACUGUGCCAAAUCUCAUUAAGGAAAGUAAUUUACAGUCAGCCUUAAAGUCUGAAUAUGUAUAUAGCAAUGGUAACUUGGAACCUCUAGUUAAAGAAAAUAGUACAAGUAAAGAAAAUGCCAUCACUAGUACCAAUAAAACACCUGCUGGUGUUUUGUCCACUAGUGUGCACAUCCGCAAUAAUAGCCCAGUCAGUUUUCCAGGCGCCACUGGCUUGCAUCAAGGACCUGACCAGAUAAAGAAGCGGAUCUCUUUCUGUGCCCCCAAGGCGAACAUUAGCUCACUCACGCUUCAGAUAGCUGCCAUGCAGCUCAGGCCGGCAAAUAAAGUUGUAAAAGAUCCAGAAAACUCCAAGAACGAGGUGGAUUCUCAAGGCUCAGAUGUUGACAUUGAAGGGGAAGAGUUUGCAGAUGGUUUGGAGGAUGCCAGCAGCCAGGACUAUGAUGAAGAGUCUGAGUGUUCCACAAUUACGGAUUCUUGUUCUACCAUGUCAAUGGAUGGUUCAACCAAGAUGAAUUUUAAUGUUGCAGUGCCUGAGUCUCCUGAUAUAAAGAAUGCUUUUGAUGUUGGGUAUCCACAAGCUCAUGAGUGUAAACUUCAAGUUGCUAAGCCAGCGUUAAUAAAAAGCCUGUUUCAUGAUAUGCCUUUGAUGAUUUACUUUGGAACCCCGAAUGAGAAAAUUGAGCAGUUGCCGUGGGAGCAAAGGAGGCAAAUGAAAUGGAAAAUGUCAACUGUAACCCCAAUAGUUGUGAAAAAUGCUGUAGCCAGAUCCCAUUUCAAAAUCACUAAAAAAUCGUAUGAUUGGCUGGGUUGCUGGGGACACCACAUGAAGUCACCGCUCUUCAAGACUCUCCGGGAAUAUCAGAAGCUGAAUCACUUUCCGGGAUCAUUUCAAAUCGGGCGCAAGGAUCGCUUGUGGCGUAACUUACUGAAAAUGCAGGUACGAUUUGGGAAAAGGGAGUUCAACUUUUUUCCACAAUCCUUCAUCCUUCCUCAUGACAUCAAACUGCUGAAGAAUGCCUGGGCAGAAGGCUCUACCAAGCAAAAGUGGAUUAUUAAACCACCUGCAUCUGCAAGAGGAAUUGGGAUCCAAGUCAUUCACAAAUGGAAUCAGAUCCCCAAGAAGCGACCUCUGCUGGUUCAGAAAUACUUGCACAAACCCUACCUCAUUGGUGAGAGUAAAUUUGAUUUGAGAAUUUACGUCUACGUCACCUCAUAUGAUCCUCUACGGAUAUACAUGUUUACAGAUGGCCUGGUCCGUUUUGCCAGCUGCAAGUAUUCAUCUUCCAUGAAGAGUCUUAGUAAUAAAUUUAUGCAUCUCACAAACUACAGUGUAAAUAAAUUAAAUGCAGAAUACAAGCCCAACAGCGAUGAAAAGCUCUGUCAAGGACAUAAGUGGAGUCUUAAGGCACUGUGGCUGUAUCUGAAUCAAAAAGGAGUGAAGACUGAACAAUUACGGGAGCAAAUGAAGGAUGUGAUCAUCAAAACUAUCAUAGCCUCCGAGUCUUACGUGAACAGCCAGAUAAACUUGUAUGUAAGAAAUCGUUACACCUGCCAUGAGCUCUUUGGAUUUGACAUAAUGCUUGACGAGAACUUGAAGAUGUGGGUUCUAGAAGUCAACAUCUCACCAAGCCUGCACUCAAGUUCAGCAUUGGAUAUUAACAUCAAGGGGCAGAUGGUUAGUGAUCUUCUGAAUUUGGCUGGAUUUAUUAUUCCUCAAAAAGAAGACGUGACUCCAGAUAUCACAAAAAGCACAUCAGCAACCAGGCCAAAAAGUAAUGAACUUUCACCAGAUGAGAAGCUGAAGCGGGUCUAUUACCUGAGUCAGAAAUCACCACCAAAGGAUUCCUAUUCCUCUCUGCUGGACAUCCUCACCCCUGAAGAUAUUCGGAUGUUAAUGGAGUCAGAGGAUGAGUACAAUCGUCGGGGACAGUUUGAGCGGAUCUUCCCCUGCCUGUUCUCCUCCCGCUAUCUCCGAUUCUUCGAGCAGCCCCGGUACUUCAACAUCUUGCUUGACCUGUGGGAGCAAAAGUACGGCCAGAACAGGCAGGCAGGAAUUGAAAUGUUGCAAGAAUUGAGUUAUAGAAGGGUUCACUCAGGAUUAUCUGUUAAUCCUGCACAUGUCUGGCAUCCACCCAAAAGUAAUCUGACUCCGAAGUUAGACGUUGGCCAGAAUGGAGUGCACAAGCCAAACCCUUCCUCGGAGAGUCAAGAUUCACCACAAAUCAAAACUGUGAAGCAAGAACCCAGUCUUCCUCCACAGAAAUCUUUAGAUGCUCAACAAUCAUCCUGAGAGCCAUCGGACAAGCUGCUGCCUUAGCUGCCCAGUGGAAUGUCCCUCGUUUUCCCGCCAACCUCCUAGUGGCAAAGUUUACUGUUGAUUCCCGAGAGCUUGAUUUCUAAGUCUACCUCAACUGAGGAAGAGGACUAAGGAAGCAGAGAAGUCAGCCCUUUAUGAUGUACAGGCUUGUUUCUCAGCCUGCAUUUGUUAAGCACAGAACCUCCUUGACUUGGGACCUGGCAUUACACCAGCCAUUUACCACAUUGUGAAGGUUCAAGCUAUGCAUCUAAAUGAGCCUAAGCCUUAUGGAACUCCUGAUUAAUAUGCAGAAAUUUUACCAGCUUGCUGCCACACUCCACCCCACUCCUUGUUUGGCUGGUGUUAGAAAGUCGCUCAUCUCUCGAUAAUCUGGUUGCAAAAUUUGGAUGAACACAUCUGCUACUACUUCACAGAUGACUGUUUUACAGUAUUCUGAAUGGUUUUGCAAUGGGGCUGGAAAUCCUUAUGCUGAACAAAACCAUCCAGAAAGAGCAUCUAUGCUACUAAGGAAGAUUUUUUUAGUGAUGUGACAGGAGUGUUUUAAGACGUGCCCAGUGAAUAUUUGCAAGAUGUCUAAUUUUAAUUUUCAUAAAUUGUUAAGACCUAUUGCACACUGCUGUUUUCUCUCCAUCCCUUGCUGUGAGAAUGUCAGUGCACGUCAUUAAAAAUUUAUCAUUCUUUUAUGACAAAGCCCGUAAGAUCAAAAAUUACCUUCCAGCGAAGUUGCUUUGAAAUUACUCACAAAAUAUUACUUUAGAAUUUUGUAAAAAUUGCACUGUUUGCAGAAAAAAUGUACGGAAUUUGGUGAACCUCUGCAGUCUUACACCGUGACUGCCUUAAUCAGUGGAGAAUCAGUUUUUACAGGCUUUAAGAUCUAAGCUCCAUGACUGAUCAGCCUGCAGGUAGCAUUUGUGGUGACUAAUGUAUGAUUUGUAUUUCCUGUACCCACUGGUACACACCCAGUCUUGUCAAAGCUUAGAGUGUAGUCAAAACAGGCAGACCUGUGGGUCAGAGCUUAAAUACCUUUGGUUAAAUUCUGACCUAGAUCAGUGAAUUGUUACGGUGUGGGAGUUGUUCUGUUACUGAGGUGUUGACCAUACUGUAGCUAUGUAAUGGAAAAGAAUCCACUGCAUAUUAACCUUCUGGUUAUAUUAAUCUUGUGUGUGUCACUGCAGCAGUUAUCAUCUUCAUAUGUAAGGUUUUUUGCACUAUGAAGUGAGUAUCAAAUUGAACUCACUUAGGAGAACAGGUUUUUGCCCAGAGCUUUUGGCCUUUGCCUCUCAAAAGGCGAGUGUGCAGGAGCAUUCCUAUGAGCAGGUCUCGCCUCCCUUUCUACCUCCAAAGGAAGUAUUGGCUCUUACCAUCAUCUUUCAGUUGCAUGUUAUCAAAAACAUGGUGGCAUGGAUAAACUACCCCAACUAGUUUUGUUUGGAGUUGAGAAGAACUGUGCUGCCCAUUCUUGGAUGUUCAAAAUGGCCAAAUUCCAUACAGUAUGUAUCCACUUAUACCCUCGGUCCCAUCAUAGCAACAUAAUAAUAUGGAACCCUGAAGCUCAACUUUUAGCACUAAGCAACUCUUGUAUGCAUAAGUACAAAGUGCCUUGAAUAGUGAAGUGCCUCAUUUGCUUUUUUUUUUGUUCUGUCACCCCGUCCAUCAAAAAAAGCACUCUGUGUCCCAGUUGUAAUGAGUUAUAGAAGCAAAACUUUUUAACCAUAGUGACCCUUCCAAAUGUAGUGAGGAUUAAACAAGGAGGGGAUUUUUAAGUUCUCUUUUGCUCUAAGAGGGCUCCCGAUUGUUUUGCUUUUAUCUGUGUCCCUAUACUGGCUAAAGCAAAAGCAAAAUCAGUAGCUGAAGGAAAUCACAAAAGGCUUGAUUUAUCUCCGGCUUACUUACUGCUGAGUCUUUUGGAGACACCUUUAGCAGAUGAAAGUAAGCACAUGGAAGCUUGAGCAGCGAUGGUCUGGAGUGUCCUGUUGCUGGUGUUUCUGUGGUUAGUUGCCUUCAGAAAGUGCUGGGAUUGCAACAAAGCUCAACAUCUAAUCUCUCAAAUGGAAUAAAAAGAAUGUGUACUUCAUAAAAAAAAGAUGAUGAAAACUUGGAACCAUUACCACAACCAGCUUGCUUCUCACAAGAGUCAUUAACAUGUCUUGUGUUUACUGUAGUUUUACUGUUUACAAUUUUCCAUUGAACUGGGGUCAAACUAGCUCUGACUAGUGAAAGGACAACUAAUUAGUAAGGCAGUAAAUGGUUACCUUGUGGGAUUUCUGUUUGGUACACUUGGUUUAAUAAUAGUAAGCUGUUAUUGCAAGAACAAUUAGUGAUUCUCACUACUUGGAGCUCUCUUGUUUUCCCCCUUAAGGCAACAACCAAAUUUCCAUUAUGGCAAUAAUUCAAAUAAUUUUAAGAACAUUUAUGUGCAUAUUAAUUAGAGAUUUCUAAGGUUGAAGAUUGAAAUGUGGUAUUGCCUUAAACCCAAGAAUCCUAAUUAUGUUUCACAGCAGUAGGUUUGAAUCUACAGUUCGUAUAUAUCUGUGUUAAAUUUUAUCCAGCCGGAAUGAUUUGCUGCUUUUCCAGUGUCUGUGAAGGACUCUAUAGAUAAUCCUCUGAAGGGCUGAGUAUCGCCUUUUCGUGGAAGGAAUUGUUUAAAAGACUGGAAAGGCUCCCAAAUUUUUUUUGAAAUCAUUCAGCUUUUGGUUUUUCCGCAGUUGGUUCUGCACCAGCCUUCCAAUGUUCCGGUAAAAGCAAGGUGUGCACUGUUCUCAAACUGUGACACAAUUUUGUAAUAAUUCAAAGUCUGUUGUGUGUUGAACAGAUUUUUGUUUUAAUUGCCAAUAAAGAGAACUAUGUCUUGUUUA